UAGCAAAACCGGUGCUGCACAGCUGGGACCCUGCAAGCCGCUGCGAUGGACAUGUCUUGGGCCACGCAAGAGAGUGAGGCAGUGGCGGAGAAGGUGCUCCGGUAUCGGAGGGACGAGUCAGGCUGGAAGAAGUGCCGGGAAGGCAAUGGCGUUUCAGUUUCCUGGAGGCCGUCUGAGGAAUUUCCAGGGAAUCUGUACCGAGGAGAAGGAAUUCUGUGUGGGACCGUGGAAGAGGUGUGGGAUUGCAUAAAGCCAGUUGCUGGUGGCCUCCGGGAGAAAUGGGACGACAAUGUGACCAGUUUUGAAAUUGUCCAAAGCAUCACAGAUAUGCUGUGUGUGAGCAGAACCUCCACACCCUCGGCCGCCAUGAAGUUGAUUUCUCCCAGGGACUUUGUGGACUUGGUGUUGGUGAAGAAAUACGAGGACGGCACCAUCAGUUCCAAUGCUACCCACGUGGAACACCCAUCGUGUCCCCCAAAGCCAGGUUUUGUGCGAGGAUUUAACCAUCCGUGCGGGUGCUUCUGUGAACCUCUGCCCGGGGAGCCCAACAAAACCAAGCUGGUCACGUUCUUCCAGACAGACCUGAGUGGCUACCUCCCACAGAGCGUGGUAGACUCCUUCUUCCCUCGCAGCAUGGCCGAGUUCUACCCCAACCUUCAGAAGGCCGUGAGGAAGUUCCAUCACUGACACGGUCGCUUACUGGCAAGAAACACCCGUCAGGGGCUCCUGCUGUUGAGCGUCAAAGAACACGGAAGAGCUACUGUGGCCUUUGGAGGUGCCAUAGUGAACAGGAAGUCUCGGGAGUGCCAGCCCAGGACAGCAGCCCAUACACACACACACACACACACACACACACACACACACACACGCCUCCUUCCUCUUGGCCUUGGUGUGGAAGGCGCUGUCUGUCUAUCAGCUUGCGGUGGUACACACAUUCCCGGCAGGGCAGAUACUACUAUGGCCUCCUGACAAAGACAUGGCUCGAGCAUCCUUUGAUUCCUUGUGGUCCAAGGGCCCUGGGCGUUGCUGUCAGACACCUCGUCUCUGUGCCAGUCUUGGAGAAUCAUCAUCUAUCCUGGUCCUUAAGUCCUGCUCCUCUGGCAUUUGGAGCUCCUAGACUUUUGUCCCAGACUCCUGUGUCCAUUUUCUGAUACAGUUUUAUAGACCAGUUUUUAACACAAGACUUUCCUCCCUUACAAAGAUGUCAACUCGGAAAACAUGUUUUAAAGCACAGAAAUAACCCUUAAAGGAAAAACACUUUUUACCUAA